AAAAAAAAGGCUGCAGUGCAAAACUGUUGUUGUUUCUAAAUUUCUACAAGCAAAGCAACGUCGACCAAGUUACUCCAAGUGGCCAACUGCCAGCUGCUGCUUGUUGCCUUCACAUUGCUUCUUUAAUUUCCUCUUUUUCUCCAUUCACAAUCUCGGUUCAGCUUCUUGGCUUUGAACUUGUUUUUAUUUUCCUACACAACUUUACAAGAGAAGAAAAAAAAGCACGCGCUAAUUUUUCAAUUACAAUAAAAUAGCAAGGAUGCAGUCACCAGUAAUUGUCGUCAACACCAGCAAACAGCGCGAGAGCGGCCAUCGCGCACAAAUGUCCAACAUUGCUGCCGGCAAGACUGUCGCUGAUAUUGUGCGGACAUGCCUUGGUCCCCGCGCAAUGCUAAAGAUGCUUCUCGAUCCAAUGGGCGGAAUCACCUUGACAAACGAUGGGUUUGCAAUUCUGCGUGAGUGCGAGGUCGCGCACCCGGCAGCCAACCGCACGCAGGACGAUGAGGUUGGCGACGGCACCACCAGCGUUAUUAUCCUUGCCGGCGAGAUGCUCGCCAUCAGCGCGCCCUUCUUGGAGCGCAAAAUCCACCCCGUAGUUAUUCUCCGCGCGUUCCAGAAGGCCCUGGAGGAUGCCCAGGUUAUUUUGCGCGAGAUCGCUGUGCCCGUGGACACCAACGACCGGGAGCAGAUGCUCAAGCUGAUCAAGUCAGCGAUCGGCACCAAGUUUGUCAGCCGCUGGAACGAUCUGAUGUGCAAUCUGGCCCUGACCGCUGUGCAGACCAUCGUGUGCCGCACUGGCGAUCUCGACUCGGCCUACGACGACCAUGUUGCCGCUGAAGAGGCCGCCGCCCCUGCCAUCGAAAGCGAAAUUGGUUCUGCCAAGACCGCCGCACCCGAGGUUGAUGUGCGCGAGGUCGACAUUAAGCGCUUUGUCGUUCCCGGAGGCGAGAUUGAGGAGAGCCGCGUUUUGGACGGUGUCAUGGUCAACAAGGACGUUAUCGAGGAGGAGCAGAUCCGCGCGAUGUGCGACAAGAUCGCGGCGCUCAAGCCUGACCUCGUCAUAACUGAGAAGGGCGUGUCCGAUUUGGCCCAGCAUUACCUGGUCAAGCAGAACAUCACUGCGCUGCGCCGCAUGCGCAAGACAGACAACAACCGUAUUGCGCGCGCCACGGGUGCCAAUAUCGUCACCUCGAGCGAUGUUGGUACUGGAUGCGGCCUGUUUUCGGUCGAGAAGAUCGGUGACGAGUACUUUACGUUCCUGACCAAGUGCAAGAACCCCAAGGCUUGCACGAUUCUUCUGCGUGGUCCCGGAAAGGACACCCUCAACGAGAUUGAUCGCAACCUGCAGGACGCCAUGUGCGUUGCGCGCAACGUGCUUUUCAGCCCGUACCUCUGCCCUGGUGGUGGUGCCACGGAGAUGGCUCUGGCCAGGGCCAAGUCGGACAUUGAUGGCAUGGAGGUCAUUCCGCGCACGCUUAUCCAGAACGGCGGCGGAAACGCUAUCCGCACGCUGACCGAGCUCCGUGCCAAGCACACCGCAGGCCUGACCACCUGGGGCGUGGAUGGCGAGAAAGGUGUGCCGGUCGAUAUGAACGAGUACGGUGUCUGGGAGCCCCUGGCCGUCAAGCUGCAGACCAUCAAGACUGCUAUUGACUCGGCGUCGCUGCUCCUGCGCGUCGACGACAUUGUGUCUGGAACGCCAAAAAGUCCGAGUAGACUUUAUUUUUAUUCGCUUUAAUACCAACUUGGUAGGUGCAAAGCAUGCAUCGCCAUUCAUUUUUCCCCUUGCAAAUAACUUUAUUUGAAAGUAUUAGCGCAAAAAUUGAAAAUUAAUGUCUU